CGCAGCUGGAGAAGGAGGUGGAGUCGAUCAACGCGCUGCGGAAGGAGCAGGAAGCGCUGAUGGCGACGAUCACCAAGCAGCGAGACAUGUACCGCGUGCUGCUGUCGCAGAAGGACGCGGAGGCGGCGAGCGGAGAAACGCCGUCCGUGCAGCAGUCGACGCAUUCGGAGCUGAAGCAGCAGAUGGAGGAAACGCAGAGGAAGCUGAGCUCGCAGUUGGAACGCUCCGAAGCGAUGUGCUCCGAGCUCCGGCAGUCCGCGAAGAGCGCGGAAGAGCAGCUGAAUCGCACGACGGAGCUGCUGCGUGUGGAGAAGCAGUGCGGAGAGCAGAAAGACGAAAUGGUGCGCCGCUUGCAGGCUUCGCUCGACACGAUGCAGCUGCAAAUCCGCAAGCUCGAGCAAGAAAACACCUCGCUGCAGAGCACGCUGGCUGGAAAGCAGAAGGAUCUCGACCAAGAACGAAUGAAAACGGUCGAUUUGUCGGGGUGCAACGCGCAGCUCACCGAGCGAUCGAACCAGCUCAGCGCAAAGGUGGAGUCGCUGCAGAAGGUGCAGGAGGGCUGGAAGGAGGAGCGCGAGCGACUGUCGCUGCUGGUGGACGAGGUGCAGCAGGCGGCGAAGGGCGUGGAGCUGCGCUUCGCGAGCGAGAUCGCGGCGCUGCAGGUGGAGAACAAGCGGCUGUCGAUGCAGAAGAGCGAGGCGGAGCAGCAGGUGAACGAGCUGCAGGCGGUGCAGAUCACGCGAUUGCACGAGUCGCUCGAGAAGGAGAAGACGCUUUCGCAGCAGAUGAGCAACUAUCAGUCGGAGAUCCGCGAGCUUCGAGCGCAGCUGGAGAAGAAGUAG